GAUAAGAAUGCCAAAUACUUCACAACCCCUGCAUCAGCCCACAAUUUUCAUAAAACCCUCUGGUUUUCCCAUAGCUUUGACGAAAAUUCUGUUGGCUGCUAAAUAGAUAGUGGAGCUUCUCGCUAUCAUUUUUGUCAAUACCUAAGUGAAUUAGCUCCGUUUUCAAUGGAAAUAAUAUACUUUGGUCUCGAGGAUAAGGACGAGAAUAAGAUCAAGCCUAUAUAUAAAAAGGCUUUCUCAACAUCUGCUGAGACAUAGUCACAAAUUACUACUUUAUUCUGGUUUUUCAAGAAAGUAAAAGCAAAUCGUUAAAAUGGGUUCUUUAAUGGCGGGAUGGGAUUCUCCUGUAUCAGAAUCGGAUCCUACAUCAGUAAUACGCCAACGAAAUCGAUCGUUGACCAAGGAAGAGAUCGAAGCUUAUUGGAAAUCAAAGAAGCAAACGGAGGAAGAACAUCUUAAAGCUACUUUUAGUCCAUCAUAUACCUGCACUCACUCUUACCUGGAAACACCAUUGGAGGAGCAUGGAAGUAAGAAUCUGAGAUCAAACACCAGCCAGGAGGAUGCAGAAACAAGCCUGGAGAAUAUCAUAAAUAAAAAUGGCUGGUGGACAAGGAGCAAUUGGGCAUUCUUGAAUGAACCGCCCGUACUUGACCGGCCUACCAACAGUUACAAGCCACAGUUCCACGUUGCCAACCUUGCUGCUUCCAAGCUUAACCCAGAUUCUGGGAUCAGUGUUUAAUCUUUACCUACUAAAUAAAUGCUGUAUCUUUUUGGGCAUAUUUUAAGCCUAAUCCGUAUAUGUUUAUGUUAUACAAAGCUGUAAGAGCAUUGCUCUCAAGUCUGGUUACGUAAUGAGUGUGUGGAAUCUGUACAAAGUUGUACAUUGGGGGAUGAAUCUGUAUUUAGCAUUUGUUACACUUCACAUUUCUUAAAACUUUCUUUUUACAAACAAACAAACCAUAUUAAUCAAAAUCUAGCAAAGGGGAAUGCAUUUCCGUUUUUAUGACAUCUGCAUUUGGAGUCGGUCCAGUAGUGGACAAUUUUUGGUGUGGAAUGCAUGCUAUGGAGUCUUAAAAGUCCAUAGCGACUCAAACAGUGUUUAUGGUUGGUUCGAAGACGGCUGCUGAUGAAGAGCUUUAACUGCUGCUGCCACAUGCCACCUGUGUGAAGUCGAUUUGGAAAAUUCUUAUCCCAAAGAAGGAUCACACCGUUUGUUUGAUUGGAUUUAUCUGAAUACAAGGAAUGGCCUGAAUCUAGUGGUUGAUGAUGUCGAAUGGGAGAUUUUGCUCGCCAUGGGAUAUGGGAUAUUGAAAUGUCCAGGUUAAAUGUGAUAAUGUGGUUGCAGUUCAUUGUUGGAUCAGGAUUGUGUUGAUGGAAAUUGUCCGCGGAUAGUUGAGAUAUCGAGGAACUUUGCAAAAGCAAUGAAUGGUCUCUCUUAACCAUGAGGCGAAUAAAGUAGCAGAUGAGUUGCCCAGCUUACAUGUUCACAAGGACCUUGGUUUCAUCAUGUUUGAUCGACUAUGGAAUGAUUAAUGAAAACAAUUACGUUUUAAUUAUAAAA